UCUUUACAGGGCCAAGAAACCCAGUCCCAUGAUGCUCACCCCUAUAGGACCUGAAUACCUUGACUUGAGGCCCCAGCCCACCAUGCCACUGCCAACCCUGAGCCCUCGGACACUGCUGCUGCUGCUGCUGCUGCUGUUGAGGGGUGUGUGGAUGGCCAUCAGCUCACCCCCAGCUGGUGUGGGUCCACAACCUGCCUUCCGCACCUUUGUGGCCAGUGACUGGGGCCUUACCCACCUAGUGGUUCACGAGCAGACAGGAGAGGUAUAUGUUGGCGCAGUGAACCGUAUCUACAAGUUGUCAGGGAACCUAACCCUGCUUCGCGCCCAUGUGACGGGCCCCGUAGAAGAUAAUGAGAAAUGCUACCCACCCCCCAGUGUACAGUCAUGCCCACAUGGUCUGGGGAGCACAGACAACGUCAACAAGCUUCUGCUGCUGGACUAUGCUGCCAACCGCCUGUUGGCCUGUGGCAGUGCCUCACAGGGCAUCUGCCAGUUCCUGAGGUUGGAUGAUCUCUUCAAGCUGGGGGAGCCACACCACCGCAAGGAGCACUACCUGUCCAGUGUCCGAGAGGCUGGGAGCAUGGCAGGAGUACUCAUUGCUGGGCCACCUGGCCAGGGCCAGGCCAAGCUCUUUGUAGGCACACCUAUUGAUGGCAAAUCAGAGUACUUCCCCACGUUGUCCAGUCGCCGGCUCAUGGCCAACGAGGAAGAUGCUGACAUGUUUGGCUUCGUGUACCAGGACGAAUUUGUGUCAUCUCAACUCAAGAUCCCAUCAGACACACUGUCCAAGUUCCCAGCCUUUGACAUCUACUAUGUGUACAGUUUCCGCAGCGAGCAGUUUGUAUACUACCUCACCCUGCAGUUGGACACGCAGCUUACCUCGCCUGAUGCCGCUGGUGAGCACUUCUUCACCUCCAAGAUUGUGCGGCUGUGUGUGAAUGACCCCAAGUUCUACUCUUAUGUGGAGUUCCCCAUUGGCUGUGAGCAGGCUGGAGUGGAGUACCGCCUGGUACAGGAUGCCUACCUGAGCCGGCCAGGCCAGGCCCUAGCCAAGCAGCUGGGCCUUGCUGAGGAUGAGGACGUAUUGUUCACCGUGUUCGCACAGGGCCAGAAGAACCGUGUGAAGCCGCCCAAGGAGUCAGCGCUGUGCCUGUUCACACUGCGGGCCAUCAAGGAGAAAAUCAAAGAGCGCAUCCAGUCAUGCUACCGUGGAGAGGGCAAGCUUUCAUUGCCUUGGCUGCUCAACAAGGAGCUUGGCUGUAUCAACUCGCCCCUGCAGAUCGAUGACGACUUCUGUGGGCAGGACUUCAACCAGCCACUGGGGGGCACGGUCACCAUCGAGGGCACACCCCUUUUUGUGGACAAGGAUGAUGGCCUGACUGCUGUGGCUGCCUAUGACUACCAGGGCCGCACCGUGGUUUUUGCUGGCACUCGCAGCGGCCGCAUCCGCAAGAUUCUGGUGGACCUCGCAAACCCCAGUGGGAGGCCGGCCCUGGCUUAUGAGAGUGUGGUGGCUCAGGAGGGCAACCCUAUCCUCCGUGACCUCGUCCUCAGCCCCAACCGCCAAUACCUCUAUGCUAUGACGGAAAAGCAGGUGACGCGUGUACCUGUGGAAAGCUGUGUGCAGUAUACUUCCUGUGAGCUUUGCCUGGGGUCUCGAGACCCCCACUGUGGCUGGUGUGUCCUGCACAGUGUCUGCUCUAGGCAAGAUGCCUGUGAGCGGGCAGAUGAGCCCCAGCGGUUCGCCUCUGACCUGCUGCAGUGUGUGCAAUUGACUGUCCAGCCACGCAAUGUGUCAGUCACCAUGUCCCAGGUGCCGCUUGUGCUGCAGGCUUGGAAUGUGCCUGACCUCUCAGCUGGUGUCAACUGCUCCUUUGAGGACUUCACAGAAACUGAGAGCAUCCUGGAAGAUGGCCGCAUCCAUUGUCGCUCACCCUCUGCCCGGGAAGUGGCACCCAUCACACAGGGCCAGGGAGACCAGCGGGUGGUGAAGCUCUACCUCAAGUCCAAGGAGACGGGGAAGAAGUUUGCAUCUGUGGACUUUGUCUUCUAUAACUGCAGUGUUCACCAGUCCUGCCUGGCAUGUGUCAACGGCUCUUUCCCUUGCCACUGGUGCAAAUACCGUCACGUGUGCACCAACAAUGCGGCCGACUGUGCCUUUCUGGAAGGACGUGUCAAUGUGUCUGAGGACUGCCCACAGAUCCUGCCUUCUACCCACAUCUAUGUGCCAGUGGGUGUGGUGAAGCCCAUCACCCUGGCCGCACGGAACCUGCCACAGCCACAGUCAGGUCAGCGAGGGUACGAGUGCCUUUUCCACAUCCCCGGCAGCCCGGCCCGCGUCACUGCACUUCGCUUCAACAGCUCCAGCCUGCAAUGCCAGAACUCCUCGUACUCCUACGAAGGGAAUGAUGUCAGCGACCUGCCUGUGAACCUGUCAGUUGUGUGGAAUGGCAACUUUGUCAUUGACAAUCCCCAGAACAUCCAGGCCCACCUCUAUAAGUGCCCAGCCUUGCGCCAGAGUUGUGGCCUCUGCCUCAAGGCAGAUCCGCGCUUUGAGUGUGGCUGGUGUGUAGAUGAACGCCGCUGUUCCCUACGUCACCACUGCCCGGCUGACUCACCAAAUUCCUGGAUGAAUGCUCACCAUGGCAGCAGCCGCUGCAGAGACCCCAAGAUUCUCAAGCUGUCCCCAGAGACAGGCCCUCGCCAGGGAGGGACAAGACUCACCAUCACUGGCGAGAAUCUAGGCCUGCGGUUCGAGGACGUGCGGUUAGGAGUGCACGUGGGCAAGGUGCUGUGCAGCCCUGUGGAGAGCGAGUACAUCAGCGCAGAGCAGAUUGUCUGUGAGAUUGGAGAUGCCAGCACAUUGCGGGCCCAUGAUGCUCUGGUGGAGGUGUGUGUACAGGACUGCUCCUCAGGCUACCGAGCCCUAUCCCCCAAGCGCUUCACCUUUGUGACACCAACCUUCUACCGUGUGAGCCCCUCCCGAGGGCCUCUAUCCGGAGGUACCUGGAUUGGCAUCGAAGGAAGCCAUCUGAAUGCAGGCAGUGAUGUGGCUGUGUCCAUUGGUGGCCGCCCCUGUUCCUUCUCCUGGAGGAAUUCUCGAGAGAUCCGCUGCUUGACACCACCCGGGCAGACCCCUGGCAGUGCCCCUAUUAUUAUCAACAUCAACCGUGCCCAGCUCUCCAACCCUGAAGUGAAGUACAACUACACUGAAGACCCUACUAUCCUAAGGAUUGACCCAGAGUGGAGCAUCAACAGUGGUGGGACCCUCCUAACAGUCACAGGCACCAAUCUCGCCACUGUCCGUGAACCUCGAAUCCGGGCCAAGUAUGGAGGUGUUGAGAGGGAGAAUAGCUGCAUGGUGUACAAUGACACCACAAUGGUGUGCCGGGCGCCGUCUAUACACAACCCAACGCGCAGCCCACCGGAACUGGGAGAGCGGCCAGAUGAGAUUGGUUUCAUCAUGGACAAUGUACGCACGCUGCUGGUACUCAACAGCUCCUCAUUCCUCUACUACCCGGACCCUGUGCUGGAGCCACUCAGCCCUACUGGGCUCUUGGAGCUAAAGCCCAGCUCCCCACUCAUCCUCAAGGGACGGAAUCUCCUGCCACCUGCUCCUGGCAAUUCCCGGCUCAACUACACAGUGCUCAUCGGCUCCACACCCUGUAUCCUCACUGUGUCUGAGACCCAGCUGCUUUGUGAAGCACCCAAUCUCACAGGGCAGCACAAAGUCACGGUGCGGGCCGGUGGCUUUGAGUUCUCACCUGGGAUGCUGCAGAUGUACUCGGAUAGCCUGCUUACACUGCCGGCCAUCGUGGGUAUUGGUGGGGGUGGUGGCCUCUUGCUGCUGGUCAUCGUGGCUGUGCUCAUUGCCUACAAACGCAAGUCGCGGGAUGCUGACCGUACUCUCAAGCGGCUGCAGCUACAGAUGGACAACCUGGAGUCACGAGUGGCCCUUGAGUGCAAGGAAGCCUUUGCAGAGCUACAGACAGACAUCCAUGAGCUGACGAGUGACCUGGAUGGUGCGGGCAUCCCAUUCCUUGACUACCGCACAUAUGCCAUGCGAGUGCUGUUCCCUGGGAUUGAGGACCAUCCUGUAUUGAAGGAGAUGGAGGUGCAGGCCAAUGUGGAGAAAUCGCUGACACUGUUCGGACAGCUGCUGACCAAGAAGCACUUCCUGUUGACCUUCAUCCGUACACUGGAGGCCCAGCGUAGCUUCUCCAUGCGUGACCGUGGGAAUGUGGCCUCGCUUAUCAUGACGGCCCUGCAGGGAGAGAUGGAGUAUGCCACUGGAGUGCUUAAGCAGUUGCUUUCUGACCUCAUUGAGAAGAACCUGGAAAGCAAGAACCACCCCAAGCUGCUGUUGCGGAGGACUGAAUCAGUGGCAGAGAAGAUGCUGACAAACUGGUUCACCUUCCUUUUGUAUAAGUUCCUCAAGGAGUGUGCUGGGGAGCCGCUCUUCAUGCUGUAUUGUGCCAUCAAGCAGCAGAUGGAGAAGGGCCCCAUUGAUGCCAUCACAGGGGAGGCCCGCUACUCCCUAAGUGAGGACAAGCUCAUUCGGCAGCAGAUUGACUACAAGACCCUGACCCUGAACUGUGUGAACCCUGAGAAUGAGAAUGCGCCUGAAGUUCCUGUGAAGGGGCUGAACUGUGACACCGUGACACAGGUCAAGGAGAAGCUACUGGAUGCUGUGUACAAGGGUGUGCCUUACUCACAGCGGCCCAAGGCUGGGGACAUGGACCUGGAGUGGCGCCAGGGCCGCAUGGCACGCAUCAUCCUUCAGGACGAGGACGUCACCACCAAAAUCGACAAUGACUGGAAGAGGCUGAACACACUGGCUCACUAUCAGGUGACAGAUGGCUCAUCAGUGGCACUAGUACCCAAGCAGACAUCUGCCUACAACAUCUCCAACUCCUCUACCUUCACUAAGUCCCUCAGCAGAUACGAGAGCAUGCUGCGUACAGCCAGUAGCCCUGACAGCCUACGCUCACGAACACCCAUGAUCACGCCAGACCUGGAAAGUGGCACAAAGCUCUGGCACCUGGUAAAGAAUCAUGACCACCUGGACCAACGUGAGGGCGACCGUGGCAGCAAAAUGGUCUCUGAGAUCUACCUGACAAGGCUGCUGGCCACCAAGGGAACACUACAGAAGUUUGUGGAUGACCUGUUUGAGACCAUCUUCAGCACAGCGCAUCGGGGCUCUGCCCUGCCUCUGGCCAUCAAGUACAUGUUUGACUUCUUGGACGAGCAGGCCGACAAACACCAAAUCCACGACUCUGAUGUGCGCCAUACCUGGAAGAGCAAUUGCCUGCCCCUGCGCUUCUGGGUGAAUGUGAUCAAGAACCCGCAGUUUGUGUUUGACAUCCACAAGAACAGCAUAACGGAUGCCUGCCUCUCCGUGGUGGCACAAACCUUCAUGGAUUCCUGCUCUACAUCAGAGCACAAGCUGGGCAAAGACUCACCCUCCAACAAGUUGCUCUAUGCUAAGGACAUCCCCAACUACAAGAGCUGGGUAGAAAGGUACUAUGCUGACAUUGCCAAGAUGCCUGCCAUCAGUGACCAAGACAUGAGCGCCUACCUGGCCGAACAGUCCCGGCUGCAUCUUAGCCAAUUCAACAGCAUGAGUGCCCUGCAUGAGAUCUACUCCUACAUCGCCAAGUACAAGGAUGAGAUUCUGGUAGCGCUGGAAAAAGAUGAGCAGGCACGAAGGCAGCGGCUUCGGAGCAAGCUGGAGCAGGUGGUGGACACGAUGGCCCUGAGCAGCUGAGCCCUGGACGUGACCACCCAGCAGGAGGCAGAGCAGGAGGGCAGCAAGGAGGACCCAGGAGACAGCCCUUGGCUCACCUGUACCGAGUGCCAGGUGUGGGGGCUGCAGUUGGGUCCUGGCCCUCGCCUUCCUCUCCCUGCCGUGCAGGGCUGAUUUUUAUCGCUGUGGAUGUGAGGGUUCCUGCUGAGCCACCUCUGUGCCUAGGGCUUGCUGCCCUGGGGCAAGGAUUGUAAAGCAUGCCUGGUCCUGCCCAUGGAUAUUUGCUGCUUGGCAAGAGCUGCUGGUGGCCUUCCUGGGAAAAGAGGUGGCCUCUGAGGGGCCGAGAUAGAAGGCCAGACCCUCCAGAGGGAGGGCACCAGGACAAGGGGCUGGACCAGUUUGCAGUUCCUGGCGUCUCCAGCUGCUCCCAGCAGGCAGAGUCUGAGGGAGAGGUGAGAUACCCAGGGCUGGGCAAAAUGAGCCACAGCCUGGGGCUGUCCCACCAGCCUCUACUCCAGUACCCCGUGCUUCACCACCCUCAGAUUCACCGCGUGCUCUGCGCGGCCAAGGCUGGAGUGCCACAUCCUUCUGCUGGGGAGAGGCCCUACUCCCCUCCUAUGGAGGGGCUGCAGACCUCACUUGCGAGUGACAACAGCUAGGCAAACCCCUCUCUGUCCUCAGGGCUGUGCCUCUGGGAGCCUCCGGGCCUGGGGCUCCAGUCAGAGUGCAUGUUCCCAUUAUUUAUUCCCCGCCUCCUGCUCCUGGCUCAGCCCACCGUGGAGCUCCGGAGGAUAGCAGACCAUCCCACCAACCCACUAUCCUCCCUGCCCCUGUCACUCCCCAGUGGCUUCCAGUCUGGCAUCUCAGCAGUGUCCUGAUCCCCCACAGUGGGACAUCUCUGGGUACUGCUUUUCAAGGGAACAAGAAAUCCUGCUGCAUUCUGCCCUGGGGCCUAGGGGCAGGGCACUUCUGCCACCCUGCUGGCUGUGGACAGUGACCCAAGGGACUGGAGGUCAGCUGUGUCCACCUUUCCCCACAACAAGCAACAGAACACAUUUCUAAUGGACCCUGUACAUAUAUACAUACAUAUGUAUGUGUAUAUAUGUGUAUAUGUGGCCCUGGCCCCAGUGGGGUGCUGUACAGUUACUUGAGGGAGGAGACACAGGAAGGCAAUUCAGGAGGAACCCAGGUGGAAGAGAGCAAAGCCAAGGGUCCUGGAGCUGCCAUCUGAUGUGGCCUCUGCUUCCCACAGACCGAAGAAACCGCUGCCCAAGCUACCGGGUGCCCCAACUUCGGGUACAGAGGCUGUGGACCUGCAUGACUGUGCUAGCGUUUAGUCUGAGUUGAUCUUUUCGAACUGCAAGUGUUGAAUACUAGAGGUGGUUAGACCCUUUUUUUUUUAUGGUUUUUAAAUUAAUUAGUUAUUGGAAAAGCAA